AUGGACGAAGCAAUGGAAUUGCUGGAAAGCCGCCCAUUGGUGGGGUUUCAAAUGGACGGGUCGCACCUUCACGGCGUCCUGAAGAGGGUUAUCCAAGAGCAGCAGCAGCAGGCGCAGUUCCAGCACCAGAUGAAUCUCCGCCUCUCUGACUUGGAGGAUGAGGUGCACGGCUUGAGCAUGCGUCAGAAGGAACUUGAAAAGUCGCUUGGAAAUGCCGGCCCCGACACGCUGCGAAAGUUGCGCCAGCAAUUCGAGUACUUGGAUGAGGGGCUGGCGAAUGUGGCGCGCGACGUCAACGAGGCCCGGGGUUUGGGUGAAAAAGCCGCGCGGGCGGCUGAGGACGCCGGCCGCGGGGUGCAGAGUAUGGGGCGGGAGCUAGGGGCCCUGCAGAGCCGGCAAGACCAACUUCACCAGGACCUGGAAGACCUGGCCCAGGAAAGCAGGCAGCUGGGCGACGCCGUCAACGCCGUCGGGCGGGAGCAGUCAGAGCAGGCACAGCAGAUUCUGCGUGAGGUGGAGCAGAUGAACAGCCGUGGCAGCUUGCAAAAACUCCGUGACGCGUUAGAUGAGUUCUGUGAGCGCACCGACAAGAACUUCCGCAGCGUCGAGGACAGUGCCCGUGCCGUGGACGCGGAGCUCACCCGUCACCGGGCGGACAUUAAUGGCCUUCAAGCCGACUUCGGGUCUCUUGAUGACCAGCUGCGAGAGCAUCUCACAAACAUUACGAAGGACGUGGACGCAAGGUGCCAGAUGAUCCUUGACACCCUACGCGAGCAGGAGAGGAGCUCCUUGGAGAUUGAAGAGCACAUGGUGGCCGCAGGACAGGCGCUCUCACGCAGGAAGGCGCUCAAAGAGACACACGGUGGGUCCGGAGCACGCACGCACGACGCCUUUGGCACACGACGAAAUGGCUGGUAG